AUGAAGCAAUGGGCAGCGGCGUUCCUCGCGCUGACGGGCUUCUGCAACUUUCGCUUUGCAUUGGCUCAGACAGACGACCAUGGGCAUGACCACGGGCAUGACCAUGACCAUGGAAGCGGGGCUUUCGAGUGGGCAGGCAUCUUCGACACUCCAAACAACAAUCACCUCUGGACGGCGCAGAAAACCGACGGUGGCUAUGCCGAUCCGACGCUGAAGAUGGGUGCUCUGCCCACCGCGACGGUCAGCCAGCAGGCGCUGAGCGACUUGGAGGCCCAAGGAGAGACGGCCAUGGAGGCCACGGAUUCGACUUGUACAAGGGUGCAGUCAGGAGGCACCAUCACCCCAGCUGCCAACACUUUCUACAUUUUGGAAUUCCAGUCGAGUGCAUGGCAGUCUCUUUUCAACAUCGAUGCAAGCGCCACCUCUGGGAUCGGCUUCUUUACAAAUCAUGGGGCCAACUCUUAUUGCCGAACCUGA